UUUCUGAGUGAGAGUGGGUGAUAAAAUUGCAGUCUAAGAAAAAUGGCAACUUUUUCUUUUUCUUAUGUUUUUCUCGCUUCAUCUUCUUCUCCUUCUAAAAUCAACAGCAGAAAGAAUCUUCCUAAUUUGAUUCUUAACUUAGGUGUCACACCAUCUUCUCAUAUCUUACCCUCUUCAUUCUCAUCCUCGCGUUUCUUUCUAAAACCCUUAUUUCUAAAACCCAUGAAAACGUCUCCUAGAAUGGAACAGAAAUACACUUACCCUGACCCAAUUCCAGAAUUUGCAGAAUCUGAAACCACGAAGUUUAGGUUUGAGAUUUUGAACAAGUUGUCAAAAAAUAAGGACUCCUUUGAAGGUGACUUAGACAAGGUUGUUGAUGUCUGCUCAGAGAUUUUUAGCAACUUCUUGCAUAAGGAGUAUGGGGGGCCAGGAACGCUAUUGAUCGAACCUUUCACUGAUAUGUUGGUCGCCCUUAAGGAAAAGAAACUUGCAGGAGCACCUAUGGCUGCACGAGAGGCGUUGUUAUGGGCACAAAAUUACCUUGAUGAAGACUGGGAAACAUGGACCAAAAACCUACCAAAAUAAUCCCUUGUGAUGUUUAUGUAUGUCUUGGGAAUUUUGCCAAUCUAUGAGAAAGAACUCAGAAACACCAGUACUGAAGAAUGAUGCUGUAAAAAUUGAGUCAUAAACCUAGUUUCAUUAAAUGACAGUGGUGAGAUUACAAGGAUUCUGAUGCAUUUCUCAUUCUGGCUAUACAAGCGGUCAAUUUACCA